UUCUGCGGGGAUGAGCGGCGCGUCAGGACGAAGAGGAGGGAGGCAAAAAAAUAAAACACACACACAAGCGAGCUUCAAGACGGGGUGAGGUCUCUCUCAGUCAGCAAAGAUAGAAAACUAACCACAGCGGAGGUUUUAUUUUCUGGCAUGAAGUGAGGAGUCCGGCUGUGCACGAGGACGCGUCAGCUCGGUGUGUUUUGGUUUUUGUCUCUCUCUCUCCCGGUGAAGAAAAAACAAGACUCGUCAGAUCUACCGGGGAUGGAGAGCCAGCGCUGACGGAGAUCCCCGAGCUCCCCUGAUAACAACAGGUCCCUGAAGUCCUCUUCAUUCCAUUUGCAAAAUCUUGAAGCACCAGGACUGAGACCUGGAGCCGAGACGAUCAAGCAUGGAUGUGCCCAGGAUGGCAGAGGGCCUCUUCAGCAGCACGCUGUCCUCGUCGGGGGGCGGCCAUCAUGUGCCUUCCUACCUGACGCUGGAGCAGAAGGCCGCCUUCGUCUUCGUGCUGCUGCUCUUCAUCUUCCUGGCGCUACUCAUCGUGCGCUGCUUCCGCAUCCUGCUGGACCCGUACCGCAGCAUGCCGUCGUCCAACUGGACUGACCACACCGAGAAAGACACGUUCGAUUACCGCAUCGUUUGAGGAGAGGCGGUGUGGGGGGGGGAUCAAAGACUGAUCUGAUGAUUAAAAUGCACUUUGACCCUCAGAUCCAAUGACUGCCGACUCACCAGGAAAAUGAAGCUGUCAGAAUCUCUUCUGAAGCGUCAAGACUCGUCAAAAUGAUCACCAACCAUCAGCUUCUCCCUGCCAAAUCAGAGAAUUCUCAACUUCAGAACGACAACCAAAACUAUGAAGAUGAAUCAAUCAACCCACCGACGACCUCGACCCCCCGGUCAUAGUUACCCAUAAUCCCCUUCCCCGGCCAUCAGUUCUCUUGUGGACUACCUCGUACCUCCUCCAUCUCAUGUGCGGACGAGUUUUAUCACACAGGGUCGAAAAUAUCCUUUCCACUCCAAGACGCUUGGAUAAAAACAGAGUUUACAUCUCGUCAUGUUUACGUCCUUAUAUUUUCUAUCGAUAAUGUAGACAAUCAGUGUUUGACUUAGUUUGUGAAAAAUAACAAUCCGCAGAGUAAAACGUUGAGCUUGUUGAGGUCUUUUGUCUUUCUUGGUUUAUAGACACGGGAGACUUUAAAUGUGUAAAAAAAAAACGUUCAGGCAAAGAUGAAUUAAAUGCCUUAUGUCAUUGUAAAAUACUCCAUGGCGGCAGUCGUUUCUUUCUAGACGGCGAGGUAAGAGCAGGUAAAUAAUCAGAAAAAGAAAGAAAAAAAAAAAAGCAGGAAACCAGGGUGGAAAAGUUCUCCCUUUAAUGCUCUGGAAAGUUUGGGAUGGAUCGAUGCCAGCAGCGAGUAACUUUAACCGUUGUGUGUGUGUGUGUGUGUGUGUGUGUGUGUGUGUGUGUGUGUGUGUGUGUGUGUGUCUGUGUGUGUGUGUGUGAGAUUUAAAAAAAAAAAAAAAAAACUUGUCCUUUCGGUCUCCGAGGGGAUCUGCGGUGUCCACGUCCUUAGAUGUCAACAACCAAAAGAGUCACUGAAGAAAAUACAAGUUUACUGUGCUGUACCUUGUGCCUAAUUUGAGAAAAAAAAAAAAAAGUUUUCUGAAAAAGGAAAGAAAAAUGGGUCCACCCUUCCGUCUUUAAAUGUCGUUUUUUUUGUGUGUGUUUGGUGCCCAUUUAAAAAAAAAAAAAACAGCAUUUACUGCCUGCGGUUGGUAUAUUGACAGUUGGUAUGCCCGAUCUGCAGAGUUUUUGGUGAUGAAGAUGAUGCAUCUUCACAUCGAACCCCUUUAUGAACUGGUGUUGUGGCUCUUUCUUUGGGAACAUUUUCAACUGUGCGCCUUAUAGUGUAGAUUGUUUACAGUAUCGUAGGUAGCAGAGAUGCCACUGAAGUGACUGUGUCUUUGCACUUCACGGAGAUGUCAUAGAAAUCAAGAAAAAAGAAGAAGAAGAAGAAAGAAAAAAAAAGUCCCCUGCUCUUGUUCCUGCCGGGACAGGAAGUCAACUCUGAUCCUUUCGAUGAAAAUGUGGCGUUCUUGUGAUCUGCUGUGGCCUUUUCCUACCUAUUGCAGAUGUUGUGCCGAGGUGUGCUGUGUGUGUUUUUUUGUUUUGUUUUGUUUUGUUUUUUCAGCAUGUAUUUCUUGCAGAGUCUCGUCUCUGUGCAUGAUAAAUGGUGAAGUGCUUUCAUCCUGAUGUCGUAGCUGUGGGUCAGUUGCUCAAGCAGCUAUUUCCUGUCUGUAAUGAAACCUUUUCGGUUCGAUCUGUUUUUCUCGCCUGGAGCCUCUGUUCUGUUUUCUAAUAAAAAUGAUCAGAGUGCA